AUGAGAUAUGAUGUAGAAUUAAUAUAUGAAAUAGUGAAAUAUCAUUUUGGUGAAUUAGUUGCUAUAAUAUCUAAGAUUUUACUUCUAAGUGGCCCCUUACCUAUACAUCAAUUAUAUUAUUUAACAUUACGUAAUGAGACCUAUAAAAAAAAUUUCAAUUAUAUUUCAAAAAAUAAUUUUUUACUUAUUCGUAAUGCUAUAAUAUUAUUGAUACAUUAUGGAUGUAUAGAUAUUAUAGAAAAUGAGGAAAAAUCAUUGUUACAGGAGGAUAUAGAAAAUAAUAUAAAUAUUGAUAAUAAUAAAGUCAUAUUAUAUAAAAUUAAUUUAGAUAUUAUAUUAUCUCGUAUUAGAUAUCCUCUAUAUUUAAUGCAUAUUAAAAAAAUUCUUGGAAAUGAAGAAAGUCUUAUUUUAAGUGAAAUAAUGAAAUAUGGGAAAAUAUCAAGUAAUAUCCUAAUAGAAGAAUUGUCAGAAAUUAUAGAAGAUAUAUAUAAACAUUUAUUUAAUUUAAUUAAUUAUGAUUUUAUUAAGAUAAUAAAUAAUUCUGAUAAUAAUAAAAAUAAAGAGGUGAUUUUGAAUAAUGAAGUAUAUAAUGUUGUAAUUAAUCAAUCAUAUUCAACUAUUAAUAUAUCUAAUAAUUCAUUAUCAUAUGGUGAUUUAUUACUUGGAGAUAGUGAUUCUUAUGAUCAUAAUAUUUCUAAUUUUAAUUUAAUAAAAGAUAAUAUUCAAAAUAAUAUAGAAAAUAUAGAUAAUACAGAAAUUAAAAAAGAUGAAGAUAGUGAUUCGAAAAUAAAACCAUUAUUAAACAAAAUAAUAACAAUUAAUAUUGAAGGUAUAAAUAAUUCUAUAUAUAGUGAAAUUAUGGAAGAAACUAUUAAGAGCCGUUAUAAUAAUAAUAUUGCUGCUAUUAUUAUUCGUGUAAUGUCUGAAAGGAAAUAUAUUAAAUUAUUAAGAAAUGAAAAUAUAUGGACUAUAGAUGAAUUAUUAUCUAGUAUAUUUGAAUGGUUAGAACAUCAUAAUAAUAUAAAAGAUGAAUUUGAUUGUAAGGAUAAAAUAAAAUCUACAAUUAUACGUGUUUUAGAUAUAUUAGUUAAACAUACAGAUGAAUUUAUUCAAUAUAAUUUUAAUUCUAUGGGAGCUACAUAUAAAUUAAAUAUUCAUAAAAUAAAGAUGAUUAUUAAAUAUAAAAUAAUAUUGGAAUUUAUAACUUUUCGUUUAGGAAGAUUUGGUGCAAGGAUUUGGAGUAUGAUGUGUAAUCCACAUAUAUUAAAGGAUGAUAAUAAACAAGUACCAAAUAUAAACGAAACUAUAAUAUCUAAUAUAAACACAGUGAUGGAAUUAAAUUCUAAAUAUGAAAAUAAUAAUAUAGCUUUAUUAACAGGAAAUAUUAAAGGAAGAAUAUAUUGGGAUGAUAAUGUUCUUGCUGAAAAAUGUUUAUUACCUAAUAAUAUUACAAGAUCAUUAUUAUAUUCUUUAAGUAAUGAGAAAUUUAUUAGGGUUCAUCAUUCAGAUACUAUUACAAUAAAUAAUUUUGGUGAAGAUAAUAAUAAUACAAAUACAAAUAAAUUAUCUAAUAAUAUUUCUUUAACAAUAUCUCAAUCUACAAUAAAUAAACAUGGUCUUGCAUAUAGUACAAGUAUACAAUCUACAAUUAAUGAAGUAAUAUGCAAAAUAUUAAAAAUAAUGUUAAAUUUAUUUUUACGUUGUAAUUCUCAAAAUUUUAAAAUUACUAAAUUAGAAACUAGAUCUAAACAAUUGAAUCAAUUAGAAGUUGAAUAUUUAAGACAAUUACAUUCUGGUUUAAAAAUUUUAUAUAAUAGUAUUAUGUUAACUGAUAAAUUACUUUUGAUAUUAAAAAUUUGA